UCGGCAGUGGCAGUUCGUGGAUAGUACAUUCUCUCAAGUGCAUAUCAGAGAGAAUUUCUAACUGCAGACGACAAUAAACAUUUUCAUCCCAACUGAAGAAGAAAAAUUUCAGUCUUCCCUAACAGCACAGAAGAAAGUGGACACAUAAUUUAAUUCAUUUAUCUUCCUAAACGUCAGUUCAGAUUCAAAAUAACAGACGAAGGCGAAAAUUUCAGGUGCAGUUCAACUGAGGAUCGCAGGAAGUGCAGUUUUAACCGGAAAGGUUCGCCGCGACAGGCUUAUUCAUUGCCUAUCUUCAAAAUCCUGCACCAAGCGAAGGUCAUCGUUGUGUCAUCAUUCCCCUACGAAAAACGUCAAGUGAAUCUCCCGAAAAUGUUUACGUUAAUUGGUAUCCUGAUGAUAUUUAAAGGCGUAGCUGUGGAGUGCAAUGGCGUGUCGGGCGAUUUGUAUUCUUCUCUAACUCACAUGAACGAUCUUUUCAUCUUCGACCGAAAAGUUGCAGGAAUUCUGUCCUUCCUUCCCACUUAUCUGUCAGAAGUGGCCAGCUACAAGGAGUCGUACUCUUGCCUGAUUCAUGACGUAGUGACGCUGGCUAGAGGGAGCGCUUUGGAGGAGGGGGAUUUCCUGGACGUGGCCAUCACGGGAAAUCCCCUUCAUCUCUUCGCUGUCAUCAAGAGGCUCGUUUUGUACUGGCCGCCCAUCAGACGGUCGAUCAGUACAAUCUUUUCUUCGGAGGGUAUCUGCACAAACAAAAAUGAGCUGUGUGACUGGUGGGCUAAAUUUUCGGAAUGCUCCAAAAAUCCCACGUUCAUGAUGGUAAACUGCCAACUGUCAUGUGGAUUGUGCGGGAAGACAGAAGAGCGUGCUAAACUGUUGUCAUUAUUAGAACUCACGCAACGAACAGUGCUGCCAUCUCUCAACGACUUGCGAGGAGCUUCUUUGGCCUUGGCUAGACUUCAGCAGAUUUACCGGAUACCCAUUCCCAAUAUGGCCACUGGAACCAUAGCUAACGUCACGACUUGCGUAGUCCUUAGCGUUUACGACUGUAUAAGAAUUGCCAACGAAAGUUACUAUGAGGGUCAGUACGUUAAUGCAUGGCAAUGGUACAAUUAUGCAGGAGCAAUUGCCACUACUCCAGAUAUGAAACAACUCAUUGAUGAUCUUAAAUCUCCUGUGGCUGAAAAGCAUGAUGAGAAACAUAACCCACAUGAACCCAACUUCUUCCCUCGACGGAUCUCCCAGCAUCCAUUGCAGGUGCCCAGGGACACUGAAUACUUUUCCUUGUGUCGGGGAAACUCUCUGUUGACCAACGAGACGAUAGUCAGCCUCAAGUGCUACAUUUCAACUCGUGGAUCACCAUACCUGAUUCUCCGACCCAUCAAGGUCGAGCACGUACACCACGACCCUGAGAUGUACGUCUUCUACGAUGUGAUCUCAGGCAAGGAAGUUCAAGCCAUCAAAGACCGUGCAAGGUCUCAGUUAGAGAGGUCGGGUGUUUUAACACACACUGGUGGAGUAGAGCUGCGGGUCUCCCAGACGGCUUGGUUAGCAAACGGAAGUCACCCUUACUUUCCAGUGUUAGCCAAGCGCAUUUCAGCCAUCACUGGGCUUCAUGUCUUUGAGGAUCAUGGUAACUUACAUGCCGGGGAACAGUUACAGGUUCUCAGUUACGGCAUUGGUGGCCAUUAUACAUAUCAUACGGAUCCUCUCUGGAAAUAUGAUCUCCCUGAAAACUGGGAAAAUCACAGAGAAAAGUUCAGCGACUUCGAAAGCGGCGAUCGGUUAGCAACGUGGAUGUUCUACCUCUCGGACGUGGAGGCCGGAGGUAGGACAGCUUUCCCCAAAGCAGGGGUUUCAGUGACGCCUGUGAAGGGAUCGGCCGUCUUUUGGUUCAAUCUGCUGAGGAACGGAAAGCUGAACCCAAGGUCCGAACACGGUGGAUGCCCAGUCUUGCUGGGUCACAAAUGGGUGGCGAAUAAAUGGAUUCGGGAGAACCUCAACUUUAUGAGAGAACCUUGUACUCUUGAUGAGUUUAAAUGAGGGAUGAAAGAGGGACGAAAUGUCGCUACGAAUAGGGCUAUUAGAAUCACAAAGAAGAGGAGAUAAAUUUUAAAGAGCAGUAAGUAAAAAGACAUCAGUCGAUGGCCUAAAAGUAUACAUAUACCCGGAAACUCAUCUUCCAAGUACCUCAGCCUACAUCACCGGAACAAUAUACAAUCGACGAGAACAAAGCACUUCGAUGUAGUAAAAGAUGUUCUCAAGAACGGCCAAAAGAAUCUCCAGCGUUUGAUACAUAAUGGAACAAAGGUUCCUCAUCAUAUGAAUGACAAAGAUAAAUUGUUUGGUGCAUUGGUCCUCUUGUACAUGUGAUCUUGCGUGUUCUUCAGAGGAUGGAAAGUUUGGAAUAUAGAUUUUCAUUACACUUUAAAUUAUAUAAAAUACCCGUUAAAUUGCUGAGUUUUGCAUUUCACUCAUUUUUUUAUUAUCCGUUAUUAUUUACAUAGUUAUGCAAACUUUAU